CUCUCUAAUUAACAACCAAACAGGCCCUAAAAUGGUGAAGUUAGCUUUUGGUACUAUUAGCGACUCUUUCAGUCAAACGUCGCUAAAAUCCUACGUGUCCGAGUUUAUAGCGACGCUUCUCUUUGUUUUUGCCGGCGUUGGCUCUGCCAUUGCCUUUAAUAAGCUGGAAUCUAAUGGAGCAUUGAACCCGGCUGGAUUAGUCGCAAUAGCUAUUGCCCAUGCAUUUGCCCUGUUUGUCGGGGUUUCCAUAGCGGCUAAUAUCUCGGGUGGCCAUUUGAAUCCAGCUGUCACUCUCGGAUUGGCUGUAGGUGGCAACAUCACCAUUCUAACCGGCUUGUUCUAUUGGGUUGCCCAAUGCCUUGGUUCUAUAGUUGCUUGUCUCCUCCUCAAAUUCGUCACUAAUGGUUUGAGUAUUCCGGCUCAUGGGGUUGCGUCGGGGAUGAGCGCGUUGGAAGGGGUAGUAAUGGAGAUCGUGAUAACAUUUGCGCUUGUUUACACUGUGUAUGCGACGGCUGUCGAUCCCAAGAAGGGUUCGAUCGGAGUAGUUGCUCCAAUUGCUAUAGGGUUCAUAGUUGGUGCUAACAUAUUGGCUGCUGGUCCAUUUAGCGGCGGUUCGAUGAACCCUGCGCGAUCAUUUGGGCCGGCUGUGGUUAGCGGGGAUUUGUCACAGAUUUGGAUAUAUUGGGCCGGCCCACUUGUUGGUGGAGCACUUGCUGGUUUCAUUUAUGGUGAUAUCUUUAUUGGAUCACACAGUGCAAUUCCAAAAUCUGAUGACUAUGCAUAAAAAGGGAAUGGAACCCAAUUGGCCUGUUCUUAUUAUUAUUCUAUGUUUGGGUUGUGAAUUUGAAAGUUUGCUCUUAAUUUGUGAAUGUCAAUAAAAAAUAUGGAUCCUUGUCUUUCCUUUUCUUUCUUUUUUUAAUUGAUGUUUUCAUCAAGAAAUGUAAAGUUAAGUUGUAUGUAAAAAAAAAAAAAAAUACAGUUUUUCUGUUAAAUGGUCCAUCUAUUA